AAUUAAUUCAGAUCAAAUGGAAUCGUAUAGUUAUGCAAAAUUGUUAACCAAUAUUAGUCUCUGAAGUAACAUGUUGCCCUACUUUGGGUAUACAGAUAAGUGAUUUAAAUUUAUGAGAGGACUUUGUAAGGAGACUAAGCAGCUAUGGGACAAAAAUGAACUAGCAAUGCUAAGGACUAUUCUUAAACACAAUAAGAGAAAAAUUAUGUUGUCAAAAGUUGAGACAUACGAUCAUGAGACUUUCAUCCAAUUGCUCAAAUAUUUCCACCUCAAAAUAGAUGAUCUUGGUGAAGCUCAUUGUUCAGAAUUGUUAAAAAUUCUUGAUACUAUCGAAAGAGACAGAAGAGAUAUUGAAUUGGAGCAUGUAUCUCUAGAAUGCCAAUUUAGCAGCUCUUCAAUUGGCCCAAAGCCUUCUCAACUAUUAGAAAGACUGAUCGAGCUGAAUAUUUUGAAAAAUGAGAUUAUAGUUAUUCCAUCAAUGUUGGAAAACUUAUCAGGAGAAAAGGAUAUUAGCAAACACAUUUGUCUAAAACUGAAUAGUGAUUGUCAGCCCUCUAGUUUGUCUUCAAAAACAAAGAAGAUUACAUCUAUGUCUUACGAGCAUCUUGGGUUUGAAGAUUCCAUUCAUGAGUCUUUUCAGAAAGUAAUAAGCUCUUACUCUCCUCUCACAUCUCUCUCGCUUGAACUGUACACUGACAUGGAAGAAGACUCGGACCACUUUGAUACUCUCUUCAAGAGUAUUCUGGAUCCUCUAGUUUCUGAAGACACCAGCAUAUCUGUGCUUAAAAAGGAACAAAGCUUAGAACCCUGAAGGAAGUUCACUCUAAAUCCUUAUUCAAAAAUGAGGGGAUUUACUAUCGGCUCCAAAGAAAUGCUAGUCUAUAUGAAGGAUAGACACACCAAGAAGAUCAUAUGAUAUAAGCUCCACAAUAUCAAGUUCCAUUAUAAUAGCAACUGCUGGAGCUCUGAGUUUUACAGACUCUCAAGCUCUGUAGUAGGAAUUAAAUCCAUUAAGAAUUUCUCAUUCGAGAAUAUUGAAGAAACUACACCAGACAGAAGGUACAGAGAUCUCAUCAUGUUCUUCCUUCAGGAAAGAACUGAUGAAUACCAAUGGAUUUUCUUCCACUGUUGGGACUCAAAGUCACAAAACCCUCUCUCUGCAGGGUUUGAUUACCUUUACAUCAGAGAUAAAUUCGAGGGGUACCAGGAUCUUUUCGAACUCAAUGUGAAGAUACUCAAAAUUGCAGAGAAGGUAUCUAUAGCGCCAAGAGAGAAUGAUGAUUUCAUGUCCCAGCCUCUUUCAGCGACAAGCCAGCUUUGUUACAUUCUUUAUCAAUGAAAUGGUAAUGAGAAAUCUAAAGAUAUCAAAGAUAUAAAAAUGAAGCCUGUGUCCAUCUUCAUAGACUGGCUGUACAUUGAUCGUAGAGAUUUCCAUUCAAUCUGAAACUUAGUGAGAAAUCUCCCAGAUACUAUAUACGAUGCAACUAUAUCCUUUGGAGAUUUAGAUCUCAAUGCAGAGUUCAUCCGGACUCUCAGAGGAAGGAAUAGCCUCGAUAGAAUCCUGCUAGACAAAAGGUUAGCAUUCAACAAGGAUAUUAUGAAAGAACUCCCAAUGGUAGCAUUCUGCCACACAGACUUAAAAGAUAUUUUUGAAGAUUAA